ACAUAAUCCACAUGUCUUUUUAAGAAGGUUUAUUUGACCUUCACGCAAAUCCUGAUUUGGCUGAAUGAUGAACACAAUGCUAUGCAGAGAAAGGGACAAAAGCUGUUUGUCUUCAGAAUAGCAACCUUUUCCCCCAGAUAUUACGGACGUUUAAUAAAUAAAUAAACACAUGGGACCCCCUCUGUCUACAUCUAUCAUCUUGCUUUGCUUGUCUGUAGUCUUCUCCUCUGGGCUAGGUAAGUAACCAAUUUGAAAUUGUAACUUACAAGGAUGUUCACUGUUAUUAAUUUUCUUGUUUGUGUACUUGAAGUCAGGAGAAUUAUAUAGAAUGUAAAUUACAAAAUUUUGUCUUCCAAGGAUUUUUUUUUUUGUGUGAGAUCUGAUGUAGUCAGAUGUGUUCAUUAUUGUAGGAAGGUUUAUAUAAAACAUAUUUAUUGUAGAAAUUUUAAUGUUCGUUCUUUCAUAAACGUUCCUCUGAGAAAUGUAACAACAAAUGUGCUUAUUCGCAGAGACGUUGAAAGCCUGGUUUCCAUUAAAAUAGUAGUUUUUAAAACGUCACUCAUAUAAAGAGUGAGUUUAAUAUGUAGCGAGUGACAAAGCUGACACUAAACAGGGAAUUGUCAGAAAUUAACCAGGAAAUAGCAAAUUUUGAGUUACAGUAGAUGAGUCUAAAAAAUAGCCGAAUUAGAGAUUUUUUUCCCAAGUCCAGCUAUUGUGUAAAAUUUACAAUUCUCUGAUGAAUUGUCUGCUAAUUCUCGAUUCACUAAAUAACCGUGACCAUGUUUAAUAUGUUGUGUGUUGAUACAAUGGACACCGUUUGGCUACUGAUAUUGAAAGUCUCUGCUGUGCGGACGCUGAUUAUGUUUGACAUAGUUAUGGCGAAUUAUGAAAUUCAUUAGAUGGAUGAAUGGAUGGAUAGAUGGACAGGCAGACAGACAGACAGGUGGAUGGAUGGACGAACAGAUGGACAGAUGGACUAUUGUAUGGAUAGACAUACAGACAAAUAGAUAGUUGUAAUCAAUUAAAUGACAAUAUUUAGUAUAUAAUGACCAAGCUACGACUAUAAAUGAGUUGGAAUAUUCCUCCAAAACAGCAUUUGAAGCCUAAAUUUUGCAAUUUUAGUUCGCUACAACUGAUUUACAACUGAAUUAGAGGAAUUGAAUCGGUUGAGAAAAUAUUAAAACUUCGACUAAUGAGAAGUACGGCCAUGUAUUAAAAGUGGAGCAAUCUGCAGUAACAGUUUAUUGGUUUCCAUAGUGAUUGCUCUAGUUUGACAUUUUUUUGCUCCACUUUUUUAUUAGCCACACUCUCAUAAAUGUCCCAGAGUGUUUUAAGAUGAGUGGUGUUUAAAAUACUCAAUAUCCAAGAAGAAAUCUCAUGCAUAUUUUAUUUGAUGAGUUAAAUAUGAACGUGUCACUGUGAUAUGGAUCAGAAUCGCUAAUUUUCAAAUAACCCAAUAUCUCUCUCUUCUAGUCUCAGGUCUGCAGUGUUACGGGUGCAAUAUCAUAGCCGGUGCAAAGUAUAUCGACAUGGGCUGCACCAACCCAGAAGUCAUCACUUGUUCUCAAACACAUAAGGGGUUCAAGCAGAGAUUUUGUAUUAAAACCGAAAGCGGUAAGUAUAACUGGAAUAAAUGGUCUAAUCACUGGCAGUGCUAAGUAUUAAAGAGACUUUUAAGGCAACAAUUACUGGGUAAGAAUGCAUUCAACAGGGGCGGGGCCGGACCGCCAAGCAGAGCAGACACAUGGCACAACAGCUCCUGCUAUUUUCAAGCAAUUUGGUCCCAAAAACGCAACUUCUGGCGCUGAGUCACUACAGGCAACUGCACUAUGAAGUGCUAGUACUGGGGAGCAGUCAGUGACCCGAUUCUGGGCCCCCCUUUUGGGGAGAACACGGAGCUCUAAGACCAAGGCCUAGUCAAGCCUAUCCAGGUGGUGAGUAGGGUGGACGGCCGCCGCCCUGCUACCCUGCCUGGCUGCAAUAUGGGGGUCUCCUAACUUAAUGGGGUGAUGGCCCUGCUUCCCCCCCUCUGGGCCGGUGGGGGUCAUCCCGGCCUACCCUGGGGCUCUAACCCGAUUGGAGACUUCACUGUGGAGACAUCACUCAAGAUGGCGGCUGGGCCCGACCGGCGCGCUAUGGAGAAAGAGGCCCCUCCUCGGGGCUCUUGGCGCUCACUGCGGGCUACUCAGGGAGAAAUCAUUUGAGCAACCUACCUAUCCUGAGACCCGACCUGGAGUGCUCCAAUCGACACCGAGGACCUUGAGUGGAGAUCAGCUGACUGGCAAAGCGGCCCCACAGGUAUUUAGGCUGCAAGCUGGCACGGUCCUGUGAAGCCGAGUCACACGCACGAUGGCCGCAGACCACUACGAAGACCCCACACAUACCCAGCUCCCAACUGCGACCGGCUGAUACCACCCGACAAGCGACACCACAGCAUCAUUAUUCGCAGAUAGAGCUGAGAAAACACAUGACUAUGACCUGCCAGUGAUGGGAGUUGGCUGCUCUCUGCACAGGAACUGGGGCUGCCUACUCUGUCUCCUGAACAACAAUCAGGAUCACAUCCACCUCUCAUCGGGGAGGGGAGUCUCUGUCCGGGGACCCAGGGUUCUUUAACCACGGUGGCAUAAAUUUUCCUUUUUCUUUUUUAAGCAACACUAACCAUGCCAUCUUGUCUAGCAAACCUGUCUCUCUCACAAAAUCUAUUGUAACUAUGAGUUCAGUCUUAGCCUGCACUUCCACGUCUCCAGCCUGUCAAUUUAACUAAUAUGGCUAAACAGAUUUGAAAUUAACCUACUCAGGCAAAUAUACCUGUACUGCAUGUAUACAAUCUGUUAGCGUCUGACGCAGCACAGUAAUGAUACAUUCAGAUAGUGCAGCGAUGUUACCUUAUGUACCAAGCAAGUCUCAGCUAUGUUCAGCUAGCAUGUUAAUCCCCAUAGGCUGCAAGAUUAACCAGUUUACUGUGUUACUAAAUAUUGAGACAGUUAGAUCUUCUAUGCAACCACGAUCCAAUGUUUAACCUCUAACAUGUUUCCUAUCUUGAAUAUAAAAAAACAAAAUUGUGCUAUGUAUUUCAAUGCCAUACCUAUGUUAAUGUAUGUUUCCGUACUUGCUUGCACCAGCUAUUGUGGCAGUGCAAACAUGAUUGUUCACGCUAUGCACAAAUAAAAUAAAGAAUUUUAAAAAAAAAGAAUGCAUUCAACAGCUCAUCACAUAAUAAAUUUUUUUUAAAAAUACAGAAAUUGUAUCUGAAAUAGAAUGGAUGUGGAUAGAGACUUCCAUUCGUUCGCAAAAAUGCUUUUUAAUUAUUUAUUUUAACUACCGGUAAUAUAUUUUCUAUUCUGCAUGAAUGCGUUUUUUGUUUUUUUAUAUACAAACCUAUGGACACCAUACACAGGGCAGUAUCACUGCAGAUGUAGUAGAUAUUGUGGAUUUGUCGCAAAGUGAGGAUAUUUUUUUAUGUAUUAUUUAACGCUCUAUCUUGAACGCUGAAUUGCGUUGGGGUGCAUCUCCAACAAAAUAUCUUUAUAUCUUCUCUCCACCCUUUAUCUCUUUCCACCCUUUGUUCCUUAACCUUUACUGUCCCCAUUAGGACUUCAGGAUGUAAAUACAUGCUUUUCCAUUUCUCAAAAUAAUUACAGUGUUUUAAUUUCUAGUGGUGUUGGGGAUACUUCUAACAAGUGGUUGUGCGACUUCACGCCAUUGCCAACAACAGGAGUUGCCCGGAGUUCGGAUACAUUGCUGUGACACAGAUCUUUGUAACAACAGUCCACAUCUUGCUCUUCACAGCGUCCUGUACUUCUGUGUCUUCUUCUGGACUAUGUAUGGUCUCCUGCUUUGAGGACUAAUCCACCGGCCCACUUAGCAGACAUUGGACUUGUGAAUUAAACUGUGACUGCAAAGACAUUUACUAUGGGCCGCAUAUCCCAGGUACAUUGGACUGAUAAAUGGGAUCUAGGGAUAUUUAAAUGGAUGACAUCUGCUAUUAAUACCCUACUUUCCAAUAGUGGAGUGAAGACCAACCAUAUUUAAAAGGACAUUGCAAAAUAUGAACUCUUGUGGAAGACUUUACGCCUAUCGAGUCAUCAAGUCCCAAAAUACUGGUUGUUGUACAUUUUUUUUAAAUUCAUUUUACUCUUUGCUUAUUAGACAAACCUCAUUCAAGGCUGGGAUAGUCUCUUAACCACCAUUAAAACCACCUUUAUCCAGCUACCUACACAUUAGAAAUUAAACUCUUUAGCUACGUUAGCGGCUUUGGGAAUGUUGGCUACUGAGCUUGAUGGGAGUGAUUCAAAUUUUAACCCAUAAGGCACACCAACAUUCCACUUUUCCAAUUCUGUUCCAUUAGAGAUACCACGAAGACAUGGACAUUGUUGUGACUUGAAGACCAGACUGGCACCCAUUAUAGCUGUUUUUAUAAUAUUGAGGAUAUUGAUCCUGUAUAUUUUGGCUGCUAUGGGAAUGUUAGGUAAUGUGUUCUCUGGAGGCUGUGAGUAUAAAUGCUCUGGGGAUGUUGGGUAAUAUACUUCCUACAUGUUAUCGAGAGAUCACAUAGUCUAUUCUAGUUAUGCUAUGGAGAUGUUGGACAGCGCGGUCCAUAGAUGUUAAGCAGAUGUUGGUUAAUAGGAUCAACUACUUUGGGAAUAUUGGAUUUUGUAUAACAUACUUUCUAUUGUCAUUCCCAAACACCACAUUCCUAACUGUAGUGUCCCACUAUGUACGGAAUUGUUUGUUUGCUCAUUCCGUUCGUCUUUGAGACCAUCUCAUCCAUUCUGAUUUAGAUCCUUUGUAGACAUUGUUUAAGAAGUCCCUCAAAACCCAUAUUUUCAGGAUUGCUUAUGGCCUCCAAGAGUAACCUUUCUCAAACGUUCCUCUUGCUCUCUCCUAAAGGGCCACACUUCAUUCUCACCUCCAGUUCUGCUACUUUCCCACCAUGUUUGUUCCCACCGCCUAUUGUGUUUUUAUACCCCACCUCCUCUAGACUGUAAGCUCGUUUGAGCAGGGUCCUCAACUACCUAUAACAAUAUAAUUGCCGCAGACUGCGAAGACUGAUAUCGAGAGGGUGAGUGAGGUCAACAGGCGUGUAUGUGUGUGAUUAUAUCAGCAUCAUGGACAAUAUGGCUGCCUGCAAAGGGAACAUGUCACAUUUUUGCGAAUGAUCACCCAGAAAAGUAGCCAAUCAGGGAUGCGCAUGCACCAGGUGUCCAAGUGCAUUUUGUUAUUGUCUCAUUUGGUAAAUUCCCCUCUUAUUGUGAAGCGAUGCAAAAUAAGCUGGCGCUAUAUAAAUACCAAUAAUAAUAAUAAUAAUGAGCAUUCUUCUUCGUAAAACGCCAAAAAGUCAGAUUUAAUGAUAACUGGAAAUACUGUCUUUAUGAAUCAAUCACUGAAUUCUGAGCAGAUUGACUCCAUAAAAUUGGCUAAUUUUCCAUUAUUUUUCUCAUUCUUUUCAGUAGAGCCAUUAUGUUCUGCCACUUUGAGCUUCCACUAACGUGCCACGUGAAAAACAGAAGGUUUAACUGUGUGUUCCUGUUUAUCUGUCUGUUCUAUCUGGUUGUCUCUUUGCAAUGUGCAGAAAUUCCGUGACUGAGUUAUUUUUGUUAUAGAAUUGCUAGUGAAGUAGAAGAUAGGUAAUUGUCUGCUGUCACGCUAAUGGCCGAGUAAAAUUACUGCUUUUAAUGUAAUUGCCCAGCGAAAUGGGUUGCCUUUUGUUGAAGUGACCUAGCGGAAGGCUAUUUUGUCUAGUUUAACUGACUGAACGAGAGGAAAGUGAGACGUAACACAGCAGUUAAAGUAUGAAUAGGAUUAUUGAAAAAAAUCAAUAAUAAAACAUUAUCCCAACUUACAAAGAAAACUGAGCCCUAAAGUACCUUUUUUUUUCCCCGAAAGCCUACAGCGAAUUGUAGCAUCAUUAGAGAAUGUCCUCACUCUGCCACCAGGAG